CGUAGUAAGGGAUUCCCCGGGCAGGCCCAGGCAGCUCUUUGGUGGCGCAUCGUACCGAAUCCGAGCGAGAUGAGGAUUGGCCACUUUGGUCCCAAUUGGAGUUGGAGCUUCAUUGUCAUGCCAGCCCACUUGAACAGAAGACAGCAAACUUUGUAGUUUGUAUUCAUUUGCGGGCGGACCCUUCAUUGACUUGACUGCUCGGUCCAAAGAAGAUCCCUCUGGCUCUGUCAAUUAUUCGCCCACGAACCCACUUGAGCUGCUGUUUUGCUGGGUUAUGCACUUAUGCUUCCUGCUCAGAACUUGCCAUGUUGGGAUCUGGAAUCCCUUUCUCGCUUUUGGAAUCUGAAAGGAUCAAUUUCAGGUUUGUGGGUUUCUUCUCCUGCCCAAGCUUUUCUCGCCUUUCCCUGCCUUCGCAAUGACACUGAAACUGCAAUGGCUUCAAGUGGUUGUGUAAUUGUUUCUGUCUGUCCGCUUUUGGAAUGUGUACGAUGGAACCUUCAACUGGCUGUACGUUUGAAUUAAGCAUUCUAAUGGGACUCAGUUAGUCUUUCUUUCACUUCUUAGUUGUGCUUGUUGUACGAUGAAACCUUCAAUUGGAAAUCUGUUCCCCCACUCGGCGAGCUUCUUGUAAGGAGCAGUUGAAUGAAACCCGCUACCCAGUUAGCCUUUUCUUUCACUUCUUGGUUGUUUAGUUGCUAGGAGCGGUUGAAUGAUUCUAAACUCUGGAUGAGGAAGAGAUUGAAUAUGACUCCCAAGUACCUAUGAAUCUGUUUUCCUUCUUUGCCAUUGAUAAGAAAGUGUUCUAAUUUUCGGAAUCAUAUUUCCUUAAAUGUCUGCUAAAUAGGAUCAUUUGUGUUCCAAUUAAGAAUGUGGGAUAUCUCUUGUGUUGUAAUUAUGCUUGUGUUCAUGGUAUGUGAACCUCGGAAAAGACUUCAAGUCCAGUUAGCUGGGGUGUGAUUUCCGACUCCUGUUCUCCUGUUCUGGUGUGAUAUCUAAGUAAGGGCGAAUGAGAGAAUUCUCCGACUCUUCUAUUUAUAUAUAUAUAUAAAGCCAAGCUAUGCCGGGAUUCCAGCGCCAGGUAGCGGUUUUAAUUUAAGGAAGACUACCGAGCUCCACGAUAGAUAAGCGCCUAUCAUCUCUAUGCGAAUUCUGACCUUAGCUUUUCGUCUUUGAUUAGUAUUAGCGAAAGCCGCCCGAAUGAAUUAGUUGGUACUAGAAAUGUUAGAAAAAGUGAACGAAAAGAGUAAUAAGAGUGAAAUAUUUCUCCUCAAUUGCAUAGUUGAGCAACUUGAAGGUUGAUAUUUCAGGAAAGGUUAACCUCAAACAAGAACUAGUGCUAUGUUUAGAUGCUUGUUAUUUCGUAUUUUAAUUUCUAAUUCCGCUCUUGGCAUGAAUGGUUGAUUUUUUUCCCAUCAAUAGUUUUCUUCAAUCUGACUUCCAGCCUGAUAGUUGAUUUCCUUAGGUUAUCUAGGACAUGUUCAAGAAGAUGUCAGAGAUCACUGCAAGCAAUAGCCAGUCGAUCCAUCUUCCUCUAAUAGAACGCAAACAUGAAGAGUACAAGAAGGAGCUUGGAAUGCACACUGCCGCUUCACAUGGAGUUACAGUUGCUAGGACACACAUGCAUGAUUGGCUCAUAUUGGCUCUUCUGGUGGUGAUAGAAGUCAUACUUAAUGUCAUCCAUCCUUUCUAUCGCUUUGUUGGAAAAGAUAUGAUGGUGGAUCUCAAGUACCCCUUGAAAAGCAAUACAGUUCCUGUUUGGGCUGUGCCAAUAUAUGCUAUCAUUAUACCUAUGGUGAUUUUCAUCAUAGUUUAUUUUAGAAGAAGGGACAUCUAUGAUCUCCACCACUCAAUGCUAGGUCUCCUAUUUUCCGUUCUAGUGACAGCUGUCAUCACUGAUUCAAUUAAAAAUGCUGUUGGCCGUCCUCGUCCUGAUUUCUUCUGGCGUUGCUUUCCUGAUGGAAUGGAUGUUUAUGAUCAGUUGGGGAAUGUUGUUUGCCAUGGGGAUAAAAAUGUCAUAAAGGAAGGGCAUAAGAGUUUUCCAAGUGGGCACACUGCUUGGUCUUUUGCUGGUCUAGGGUUUCUGUCGCUCUACUUAUCGGGAAAACUAAAAGCAUUUGACUGUAGAGGACACAUUGCAAAGCUGUGCAUCAUUUUUCUUCCUCUACUGGUUGCAUCUCUGGUCGGCAUUUCUCGAGUGGAUGACUAUUGGCAUCAUUGGCAGGAUGUUUUCGCUGGUGGUGUUCUAGGGCUUACAGUAUCAGCUUUUUGCUAUCUUCAGUUUUUCCCCCCACCAUACCAUCCUCAAGGGUGGGGGCCUUACGCUUAUUUUCGAGCGCUGGAAGAGGCACGAGAAGGAACAUCUGGUGCCACAAAUCUGGGCAAUGCUGAAGGUACUGCAGAGAAUGUGUUGGGAAACGAAGAAGCUGUUGAAGACAAAGGUGUUAUGGGGCUCCAACUUGCGACUAAUGAUUCCAGCUCAAGAAUAAUAGAAGAUGAUGAAGAAUGCGGUGGGAGGUGCUAGCUAGCUGCGCUGGUCUUUGUUGACGUUGAUGCUACUGCGAGAGAGUUUCAGAACAUAAGAAUUGCAGAAUUUCAGUCAUGCUGAACUGUAAAUAUGUGAUCUGUGGUGGUUGGGCUUGGGCAAGACACAUUUGGAUCGAGAGAUCCAUCCAAAUUGUUUGAAGAAAACCUCCAAAUGUAACAACAUUUUUUGGUAGCCGUAUGUAUGUAAUGCAUUCUUUCAACUUCUUUCUGGCUACUUCUCGGCGAUCCAUCCAUGGAAACUGGAGAAUCAUAGCACUGAGUAGUUGAAUAAAGGGAAGGAAACCGC